AGCCUGGAAGACCCCUGCCACUUUGAUGUGUGAGCUCACCCACCAAUAAUGGCCCAUAGGAUACGCAGUGGAAAUCCAGCCGAAGCAGACGCGUUCAUGAGUCCCGUUCAGGCCGACCUGCCCGCUUCCAUCUGAUUUUUAAAAGAUUCCGGCCAGAGCGAGUGCAGCAUGAGGCUGGUGUGGAAAUCCCUGGACAAGAUGAGGUGUCUGAGGAAACGCUCCACCAUCCCCUUCCUCGGCUUCCUCAUCACCUUCCUCCUCUUCCUGAACCUCUACAUCGAAGAUGGCUAUGUGCUGGAAGGGGAUAAAAGGCAGCUGAGGGAAACGUCUGUCCACCCUCCGAGCUCAGAACGAUACGUUCACACCUUCAGGGAUCUCAGCAAUUUCUCGGGAACCAUCAACGUCACGUACCGCUAUCUGGCCGGAACCCCGCUGAACCGCAAGAAGUAUCUCACCAUCGGACUGUCAUCAGUCAAAAGGAAAAGAGGAAACUACCUUCUGGAAACGAUCAAGUCCAUCUUCGAUCAGUCCAGCUAUGAGGAGUUGAAGGAGAUCGUGGUUGUGGUCCACCUGGCAGACUUUGACCUGGUCUGGUGUGAGAAUCUAGUUCAGGACAUCACCCGGAAGUUUGCUCAUCACAUCAUAGCCGGACGCCUCCUGGUCAUCCAGGCCCCGGAGGAGUACUACCCCUCUCUGGACGGACUGAAGAGAAACUACAACGACCCGGAGGACCGCGUCCGAUUCCGCUCCAAGCAGAACGUGGACUACGCUUUCCUGCUCAACUUCUGCACGAACCUGUCCCACUUCUACAUGAUGCUGGAGGACGACGUGCGCUGCUCCAGGAACUUUCUGACGGCGCUGAAGAAGGUGAUCACCUCCAGGGAAGGCUCCUACUGGGUGAUGCUGGAGUUCUCCAAGCUGGGGUACAUCGGGAAGCUGUACCACUCCAGAGACCUGCCGCGCCUUGCUCAUUUCCUGCUCAUGUUCUACCAGGAAAUGCCCUGCGACUGGCUCCUCAUCCACUUCAGGGGCUUGCUGGCCCAGAAGGACGUGAUCCGCUUCAAGCCCUCGCUGUUCCAGCACAUGGGCUACUACUCUUCCUACAAAGGAGCGGAGAACAAGCUGAAGGACGACGACUUUGAGGAAGACUCCAUAGACAUUCCCGACAACCCUCCUGCCAGUCUUUACACCAACAUCAACGUCUUUGAAAACUAUGACGCCACCAAGGCCUAUAGCUCAGUGGACGAAUACUUCUGGGGCAAACCUCCUUCAACCGGAGACUUUUUUGUCAUAGUCUUUAACAAAUCCACCAAAAUUAGUAAAAUUAAGAUUGCUACUGGCUCUGAUGACCGGCAGAAUGACAUCCUGCAUCACGGAGCCCUGGAAGUCGGUGAAAAGUUAGUCGGCACUAAGAAGGGGAAGCAGUGCUCCUCCUAUAUCACACUGGGGGAGUUUAAAAAUGGCAACAUUGAGGUUCAAGACGUCGACCACAAGAUUGCCUUUGACAUUGAGUGUGUACGUAUUGUGGUGACAGCCAGCCAGAAGGAAUGGAUUAUUAUUCGAAGUAUAAGUUUAUGGACUACACAACCACCAAGCCAAUGAGGACUACACACACACACACACACACACACACACACACACACACACACACACACACACACACACACUCACAGACAGACUCUUAGUACGUCGUAGAGGCAAAUCUUUUUAAUAUUGUUUAGUAAUGUAUGUAUUUCCAGGUUUAUUUAUUCAUUUUGUAUGUAUUUGUUGAUACUCAUUUUGAUUGCCAAAUUGAUCUAUAGUUUUUUAUACCUGCAAGUUGUAACUUUGGUGUUGCAUCUCCACAGUCAUUCUCCAGGACUGUUUAACGGACCUCAGAGUAGCCAUCAACAUUCGCCAGCAAG